CUUAACUGCUCUGGCUCAACCAGCUUCACCCUUUUCUCCUUUUUUUCUCCUCCUCCUCCUCUCUGCCUUCUUCACUCACACCCGUCGGACGUGUGCACGCUCAGGACGAGAAUGGCAGCAUCAUCUGCACGGAGAACAAACGGGCCCUGCAAAAUGUUGGCUUUUGCAUUGCUUCUCAUCGCCUCAGCCUUAAAUGGAGUUGCAGCACAGGAGGAAGAAGUUGUCACAGGGACGACGCCACCUAUCCUGGUAGAUGAGAGCUUUCGAGGAGACACAGGUCCAAGGGACACUGAAACUGCGGAGCCAGAGGAUCCACAACUCCCAGUUUUCCCCACUCUGGGACCUCUAGAAGAGACUGAACAGACUACAGAAGCAGCAGCAGAAGCAGAAGCAACACCAACAUCUACACAAGAGGCAGGAGACACCGACGACAGCGUCGCUGCAGCUACAGAGCCGUUCAAAAUUGAAGUACACACUGAUAUAGUCACAGUUGUGCAACCAGAGACCCCAGCACCUCUACCUCCCAGAGGAGACGGCGGAGGCAACAAACCACAGCAGGUGCCACAGGAAGAUGUUGUCUGUGUCAGCAAAGAGGCGGUCCAGGACAAAAACGCAGUCAAUCUAAGACUCAAGGCCUCUUCCAACUGUAAAGACACCAAGGUGAAGAUUGAAAGUGUUCUGGAGGAGCUGUGUGGUGAAGACUGUAAGCUUGACAUCUACCAAGAGGAUAACUCGGACGAAAUCAUUGUUUCUGGAAAAUAUGUUGAAGAUGAUGUUGCAGGCAUGGCUGACAAGUUCAACAAUGACAACAUUAAAGAUAAGACUGAUGUGGAGGAGGCUGUUCCUCACUGGGGGAAGAACUCAAAGUUGGUACUGGUUUCCCUGCUGCUGACUGGCCUGUUGUUGGCUGCACUGCUGGUAGCUGGUUAUUACCUCAAGACCCACCGCAAGAACUCCAAAGGAGUCAGACUGGCUGAAUCUUUCCAGGUGGAUGAAGAGAACCAGGCCAACACCCUGGUGUCUGUGGCCCCUCUGCCCCAGGAGCCGGUCGACAAGCCCACCGUCAACGGUGAGUCUCCACCGGAGAACGGGACCAACCCCGCCCCCACCACUAACGGACACUCUGCCACUCAGACCCCCGUGGCUGACACGGAGAUGUGAAUCAUGACGCCCCUGACCUCCUGUUCUACCCAACACCCACUGGGACAAACUACCCACAAGCCCCUCUGCUGCCUCAGAGACUGUCAACACACUGAGACAAAUUCACCAUGAAUCCACCAAGUACACUCACCUCCCCUCUUCCUCCUACUGCACCUCUCGGGAUGAUGAUGAUGACAACAGCGAUGAACUCAUGACUACGAUGACAAUAAUGACAAUGCCUGUAAUGUGAAAAGUUUGGGAUCACUGGCCUUUGCUGGUGUAAGAGGAGCCUACAUACGCUGUGUUUGGGACUGAGACUGCUCAGCAGGGCACUGACUGCGCUUUGUUAGCGGCCCUGACUUCAGUCGAGUUGUAACAAUCAUUGUAGAAUCCCCCAAAAAUACCAAAUGUGCUGCUGGUUCCAGACGAAAAGCAGCAAACGCUCUUUUAUUUCAAUCUGCAAUUGUGGUGCCAUGAAACCAAUGAAACCAGGCAGUUGAAACGAGACCAGCUUUUAUACAGUUUUAAAAUGAACUGACGAUCACUGCUUGAUUGAUUUUUUUCUCUUUUUGAUUCAGGAAAUGUUUGUUUUUGCAGCCUUUCUUUUUGCCUUAACCUUGUUAAGAACUAUGAAGUGUGAGAUGGGCAAAAAAAGAAGUUCAAUCCAAUCAAAGUUGGUUGAAUUUUCUCACAGAUUGGCAAAUUGUAAUUAAAACUGCCAUGUUGGCAAAAAUGUGCCAAUUGUUACCAUUGUUACCAUUCUUGAUAAAGACCAAAGACCAGUUGACAUAUUAGCAAUGUACAAAAUAGACAAGAUAGCAAGCAGCAAGCAUGGUCUUUGGUUUUACUGAGGAAUGAAACAAUGCAACCAAGCUAAAUGUUAGCUAAAGUUUUUGCCUCAUUGAGACUGAAAUGCAUAAUGGACAACUACCGACCUUUGGUCAAAGUUUAAUUGGGAUAGGUUGCAAAGUACAUUUUUAUUUUUGUGAUGCGUGGCGAUUUUCAUGAUAACUUUAGUGUACAGAUUUGUUUUAGUUUUUUUUACAAAUGCAAACUUUUACUACUCUCACUUCUGUCUUUGGGAAUGGUGAAGAGUGGCAGCAUUUUUUAAAUUCAGAGCAAAAGAAAAACACACAAAAAAAAUAUGUGAGUUUUCAAGUUGCUGAGCUGGUAAACAAAAUCACUGCCAUGAAAUUUCCAACACAACAUAAAGCAGGUUCAACAUUCCCAGGACUGCCUUUAUCUCCUUGUUGAUAUAAAACAUUGUUUUUUUUACAUCAAUGGUACACAUUUUUUAGCUUCUCUUUUGAACACCUGACUGCUUUCAUAAUGUACUGCAUGUGUAAAUAAGCCUGCUUUCUCUGUUAGUAGUACCUGUGCCUGACUCAUAAACUGUGAUUGUUGACAAUA